AUGUUGACUAUUGAUUCAAGUGAAAAUGCUGCUCUUUCAAGCAGAAGAAAUAUAACUGAAAAAGCUAUUUAAACCAAUAUAGUUUCAUAUUGGUAGCUUUUCAGAUUUUCAACAAAAAAGGACAAGAUUUUCAUGCUUAUUGGAAGUUUUGCAGCUCUAUUAAAUGGUGUAGCAUAUCCUGGUUUCUCAAUACUUAUAGGAGAUAUGACAGAGUCAUUUUCAAGAGAAGGAGAUUAGAUGGUAGAGGAGGCUGGAAAAAAUGCCAUGUAAAAUGUAUUUUCAUUAAUUGAUACUUAAUAAUUCUUGCUUUUGGUACUGCUAUAAUGUCAAUAAUAAUGUUUGCGACCUGGUCAAUAUCUGGAGAACGUUAAGGUAUUGAAUUUAGAAAAAAAUAUUUUUGUUGUAUUUUAAAAUAGGAGAUUGGAUGGUUUGAUACUAUUAACCCUAAUGAGUUAAGUAAUAAGGUAGCCAAUGAAACUUUCUUAAUGUAAUGUGCUAUUGGAGAGAAGGUGCCUACUUUUAUAAUGACAUUAGCAGAGACGUUAUUUGGGUUUUCAAUAGGUUACAUUUAGUAAUAACUGUUGUUAUAUAUAUUAGUGGUUGGUAGUUGGCUUUAGUGGUAACUUCAACAUUGCCAGUUAUUUCUGUAGCCACUGCAAUAUUUUCAAUAAUUUUGUAGGCAUCAGAAAAUAAAACUUCUACUGCAUUUUAAGAAGCAGGAGCUUUAGCUGAAUAAGCCAUAAAUGCAAUAAAAACUGUAAAGAUGUUUGAUGGAGAAGAUCUAGAAGUGUCUAAAUACAAAUAAUCUCUUAAUCAUGCUAUUAAAAUGAAAAUCAGAUAUUCAUUGGGCGUGGCUUUAGCUUUUGGAUUUUUACAAGCAGCCAUGGUAUGGGCAUAUGCACUUGGGUUUUGGUAUGGAGCUAAAUUGAUAUCAGAUUAAGUAUAUAAAACAAUUUAUUAAUAGACAAUAAAUCAUAACACUGGGGAAGUAUAUAAGGUUGGAGAUGUUAUGAUAAUUUUUUAUGCCAUUUUGACAGGAGGCUUUUCAUUAGGCUAAGUUGGACCAUGCAUUUAAAAUUUUGGGAAGGGAAGACAAGCUGCUACUUAAAUGUUUGCAGUUUUAGAUAGGAUACCUAAGAUAAGUAAUCCAACUAAUCAAAUUCAACUAAAUAAUUUUAAUGGAGAAAUUUAAUUAAAAAAUAUUUAUUUUAGUUAUCCUAAUCAAUCUGAAUAAUUUAUUCUAAAAGGAUUGAAUUUGCAUAUUCCAGCAGGCAAAAAAGUGGCAUUAGUAGGACCAAGUGGAUGUGGUAAAUCAACUGUAAUAUAACUAAUUGAAAGAUUUUAUGAUUGUGAUUCAGGAGAAAUAGUAUUUGGAAAUGAGAAAGGAAUAAAUAUCAAAGAUCUAAAUUUAAUUGAAUUAAGAAAUAUAAUUUCAUUAGUUGGAUAAGAACCUGUGUUAUUUGCUACAAGUAUAAGAGAAAAUCUAUUGUAUGGAAAAAUUGAUGCAACAGAUGAGGAACUUAUAGAUGCAUUAAAAUAAGUCAAUGCUUGGGAUUUUGUAUCUAAAUUGGAAAAAGGAUUGGAAACUUAUGUAGGUAUUGGAGGAAGUUAAUUGAGUGGUGGAUAAAAAUAGAGAAUUGCAAUUGCAAGAGCCAUCUUAAAAAAACCUAAGGUGUUAUUAUUAGAUGAAGCAACAAGUGCUCUAGAUAGAACUAAUGAAAAAUUAAUUUAAGAAACUUUAGAUACAAUUUCUAAUGGAAUCACUACUAUAAUAGUAGCACAUAGAUUAAGCACAAUAUAAAAUGCUGAUCUAAUUUAUGUUAUUGAUAAAGGGAUUGUGAUAGAAAAUGGAUCUCAUAAUGAACUUAUGAAAUUAUAAGGAGUAUAUUAUUAAUUAGCAUGUAAUUAAAUGAAUAUUGAGGAAGAGGAAUUGGAAUUAGAGUAAUUAAGUUCAUGUUCUUCUGAUAAUAGAAUAUAAGUUAAUUCUAUAAAUUCAUAACGAUCCCUAUAAAUUAGAAUGAAUGGAUUUAACUUAUAGAAUAUUGCAUAUGCAUUAAAAGAAGAAAUUCAAAGAUAUCAAGUGGAAGAAAUAAAAGAUGAAGUUCAAUAAAAUCACAACAAACAUCAUCAUCAUAAACAUAUUUAAGUAGAGUAAAACAAUUAACACUCUAAAAUUUCAGAAGAUGUUUCAAUCUAUAGAUUAUUUUAAUAUAUUAGAAAUGAAAAAUUACAACUUUUUGUUGGAAUUAUUGCAGCUUUAUUAAAUGGUUCUACUUUUCCAAUAUUUUCUUUAUUCUUAGCUGAAUUAAUUACAAUAUUAAUUCAAUCUAACCCAUAAUUUACUCAAGAUUAUUGUGAUUAACAAGGAAACAAUCUUGAAAAUGAUUUUUGUAAUACAACAAAUUUUAAUAUCCAUCAAGAACUAAAACAAUAAACUGAUUAGCUUACCCUUUGGUUUUUUAUUAUAGGAUUAUUUGUAUUGGUUCUUUGGACUAUAUAGAUGUAUUUUUUAACUUAUGUUGGAGAGAAGUUGUCCUUUAGAUUACGUUUGGAUGCAUAUCGAAAACUAAUAAGAAUGCCCAUUCCAUAUUAUGAUAUACCAAAAAAUAAUGCUGGAACAUUAACAACUAGAUUAUCUGUUGAUUGUAAAGUUAUCAGUGGUGUUAUAUCAUCUAUUUUAGGAAUUAAUAUUUCUAAUUUAGGUGUUCUAAUAAGUGGAUUAGUUAUCUCUUUUGUAGCAUCUUGGUAAAUGACAUUAAUAAUGAUUGGUCUAUCCCCAUUAUCUUACUUAGGAAGUGUCUUAUAAGCAAAAUUUCUGUAUGGAUUUUCUUAUUUAACAGAUGAAGCUUAUAAAGAUUCUUGUAAUAUAAUUAUGGAGGCUGUAAACAAUAUUAGAACUGUCUAAUCUUUUGGGAAAGAAUCAGCCAUUUUAGACCUUUAUGCUAAUAAAGUUUAAUUACCAUUAUAAUAAGCUAAUAAGAAAGCUUUUUAUAUUGGAUUUGCUUUUGGAUUUUCUUAAAUGCAAAUGUUUAUUAUUAAUGCUGUAAUAUUUUAUGUUGGAGCUCUUAUGUGUAGGGAUGGUGUAAUAUCUGUUAAAGAUCUAUUUACUUCAAUUUAAGCAAUUACUUUUGCUACUAUGAGUGCUGCAGAUAAUGCUGCAUUCGCAGGUGAUGUAGGAGUUGUUAAGAAAGCCAUAAAAAAUAUUUUUGAUAUCCUUGAUGAUGAAGACGAAUUCUAAAAGUAAAAUAGAUUAAAAAGAAAAUAACUUAAACUUCCUCUUCAUGGUGAUAUUCAUUUUGAAAAUUUGUCUUUUAAAUAUCCUGGAAGAGAUAAAAAUGUAUUCUCAAAUUUAAAUCUUAUUGUUAAAUAAUAUUAAAAAGUGGCCUUUGUUGGUUCAUCAGGAUGUGGUAAAUCUACUUUAAUGCAAAUGUUAAUGAGAUUCUACGAACCAGAUCAGGGAGUUAUUACUAUUAACAAUAUAGACAUAAAUGAUUAUGAUAUUAAGUAUCUUAGGAAUCAAUUUGGUAUUGUAUCCUAAGAACCAGUGUUAUUUAAUGCAACAAUUAAAGAAAAUAUUUAAUAUAAUUUAGAAUCAGCUACCAUAGAGGAAAUUAAAAGUGCAGCUAAGAAAGCUAAUGCUUAUGACUUUAUUAUUUCUAAUUUCUUUGAUGAAAAAAGUGGAUUUUCUAGACAAGUAGGUCCAAAAGGUAGUUAGAUUUCAGGAGGUUAAAAAUAAAGAAUUGCUAUUGCUAGAGUCAUUCUUAGAAAUCCUAAUUUUUUGUUGCUUGAUGAGCCAACAAGUGCAUUAGAUGCAGCAAGUGAAUAACUUGUUUCAGAAAGUCUUUAAAAUUUUACUCAAAAUAAAACAACUAUUUCUAUUGCUCAUAGAAUAUCAACUAUUCAAGUAAAAUAUUUAUUUAAAAACUUAGCAUUCAGAUGUCAUCUAUGUAUUUGAAGAUGGCAAAAUUGUUGAAUAGGGAGACUAUUAAACAUUAUCCAAUCUUAAGAAGGUUUUCUUUAGAUUAGAAUAAGGAAUUAAAUAUUGA